CGCUUUUUCAAUAAUACUGCACUAAUAAAUGUUAUUUUCCUUUUUUUGCGGCAGCAAACUGAGGUCAAUAAUAUGUUAAAUUUAGCUAUUGCAAACCAACAGAAGAAUGAUCUCACAGCACAACAAGUCCUUCCACCAAUAGUAGAGGGCUUUACUCGAUUGAAGUUAUCAAUGAAAGUAAAUAUUUCCUCCGUCCCUAUUGAGAGGGUAAUAACUUUCGAGCAACGACAAAGGCACCAAGGAAGACAACCGCAAACCUAUACUGAAACCCGCUCGUCCAUCUCUGCACAACGUGGACAGUGCAGAAAUAAUGAUGCCGGACUGGUCCACCUCCGCACAACACAAAUUGUACAGCUCUACCCAAGCUAAGCUAUCAACAUUUGCUGGUAAUGAGCCAACCACCUUCAGUGAGUAUAAUCCAAUUAAUGUCGACGAGUAUUGCAUAAAUUUAUAUCAACAAAUUGGGUCAUCCACUUCUAUAGGACAAGGAUUUGAGGGUUUGUUUAGCUAUGAUUAUUAUCCCCAACCUAAUUCAACACCUCCCUCUUAUCACCUCUCGCCACCUCCAUCUUAUGUUGGGCAAUGCAAUUAUGGCCAAGAUAGUCAGUACAAUUAUGAUUUCUGCACACCACAACCUUUCCAACCGCCCCUUCAUGUUGGUGAUUUUUGCAUGCCACAAAAUACAUGGGCAUGUGCUCCAAACUUCAAGGAGGAGGCCUCUGUAACAAACUCUGAGGAAGAUGUCUCAAAUGAGGACAGUGGGGAAGAUGCAGAAGAUAACAAAGAUAUGGAGGUAUCUUCAGAUAAUGAAAAUGACGACUGUGGUAAUUAUCAAAUAGAUGUUGAUAUUAGAAUAUAGUUGAGGCGCGUGGGGAGAAAUCCUGUGCAAGCACAAAGGUACCCACAACGAAUAGGCAUCCUCCAUGUUGUGGAGCACAACAAAAAUUGAAUUUACCCCAUCGUCGCAAUCACUAAUCAAUGUA